UCUCUCUCUUUCCACACACGCACGCUCGCGGCUCGGCUAUUGCGCAGACAAAGACAGAUCUGUGACUAGCGCCGUAUAUCGCGUAUAGGUAUACACGUAUACAUAUAUUAGCCAGUCAGCCAUAUACCAUAGUAGCGGGCCAGCAGAGCAGAGAACGCGACUGCGCGCGGUGCAGCAGCAGGAAGAGACACACGACGGCGUACUCUGUGGUAGUAUAGUUUACAAAUAAAAUGGCCGAUACACGGAGGAGGCUCUUGCCCGCGAGAGCGAGCUCCAAAAUGUGCGCGUCCUCGAGGUGAGAGCACGAGGGCCGCCCUGGUGUGCCUCCCCGGCGCCAGCAACACGCCGCGAGAGAGAUCCAGCGCGCGCGCACGCACUUUCGCACGCAAACUCUAUUAGGUGAGAGUGCAGAGAAGGAGAGAGAGAGAGAAAGAAGAGAGGUAUCACACAAAGUACACAGAGAGCAAGAGUGAGCGAGAGAGAGAGAUAGAGAGAGAGAGAGAGAGAGAGAGCGCGAGUCGCCAGCUUGUUGGCCCUCUUCGUCGUCGUCGGUGUGCUGCGCACGCACACACGCCCGGAACAAGAGAGACGGCGAGCGCGGCGCUAUCAGCGCGAGCGAGACGGAGCGAUAAACGCCUCUACUCUCGAGAGCGCGCGCGCGCCCCGGGGAGCCCCGCCACCGCCUUGUGUCCGUGUGUCUGUGCCAUCUCAUCAUCAUCAACCUCCUCGACGUCGUCGUGGAUCCAGCCGAGUGCUCGCCGAGGACAGUCCGCCUCGCGGUCUCGCAGCAGCCAGUGAAUCAAGCCGCCGAGGGAACCUGGUGAACCGGCGUCCCGAGUGCGCGCGCUUUGUCAGUGUCCGCCGCGCUCAUCGUUUUUCUCGCUUUGCCAUCGCGAUCAGCGGAUUUCCCCCUCCGCGAGCGCGUGUGUGUGCCGAGACUGUGUAGUGCCGCCGCAGCCGCGACUCUGUCCUUGUCCGUUUCUCGCUGUGCUCUCGCGCGGCGCACACACGCAGAGAAAGGAGCCGCGAGCGCGUAGGCUCCUCGUGUUUCCUCUUUUCACUUUCGUUGCUUCAGCCGCCGCCGCGAUUCGUCUGCCGUCGGCGCGGCUAAGGCCCCGUGCACUUGUGCGUCUGUCGCGGCCUGUAUAAACGCGGACAACAUUUCGGAGUUUCGGAGUCGGGGCACAGGCCUAUACACGUACGCGAGAGACCGAUCGAGCGGGCCAUCCGAUCGGAGCCGCGAGUGAGUGCGAGAGAGACAGAGCCAGCCAGAGCGGAGGGACACGACGACGUUGUUGUUCUUUAAGGUUAGCGCGCGCGCCUAGCCGAGGGACGCCGCGAACGAGCGCGAGCAAAAGAGCGAGAGAGAGAGCGAGAGAGAGAGAGAGAGAGUGAGACGUACCUAGUCCGGCGCGGGGGUGCGCUCUCGCCGAUCGCCCUCCGUGCACACGCAGGUACAUAAUACACGUAGCCGCGCGCGCGCGAGUGUCCGUUUGUUUGGGCGAAGAGGCGGAAGCCGCCUCUGGCCCCCGAGCAGCCAGGCGCAGCUACACCGGAGUAGCGGGAGAGGCCGGAGCCGAGCGAGGGACAGAUAUGAUCCUCGCCGUCGACCAGCCUAAAAUUUGGGAUACUGGAGCGUGACAAAAAUCUUGCUCUGGAGCCGUUAAAGAUAUUCCCCGCUGACCAGUUCGUCAUCGUGGAGCAGGUGGUUGGCCCUGAAGAUGUAUUGACUACUGAUAGUGAAGAACCCACUGUCACUACAGCCAGUAGUCAGGCCAACGCCUCGAUCACCACUUUGACGAACAUGUGCACCACACCUGGGAACACCGGUCCUGGGUUUGGCUAUGCCACAUGGUCAUUUAGCGGUCCCGGAAACGACAGCCGGGAGAACACACAAAGCGACAUCUCCGGUACCAUCAGCUAUGCAGCGGUCAACAACAACCAGGACCAGACCUCCAGUCCCAAGAUACAGAUCGAUGUCAAGCCAGCCAAGAUACAGAACAGUGCGCACCGAAGGACCAUGUUCACGAUGAAUGAGAGCUGCCAGCAGACACCAGCCACAGCACACCACGGACACAGCACAGGAGCCCAUAAUCAAACCAGCCACUCUACUCACGUCAGGUCCAAGAAGCACCACGACGUCUUUGCCUUGACCUGCGACAAGGGAGGAUGCAACUGUGAUGCCCAUCACUCUACGCCAACACCAUCCCUCUUUCCCAACACUCUGGUCUUUGCCACGGACAAGCACACCAUGAGCAAGCACUUCAUGACUCCCAUUGGUCCUCUCCAACUCACAGCUGAAGAAUGCAACGAAAUCCUGAUGAAGCGAGCAGCUGCUGCCUCCAACCAGUCCAACAACGUUGCCUCCAGUCAGACUGAAGCCGCAGCUCACUUUGGCCAUGUUCUCACUCAUGUAAAUACAAGCCAGAUAGAUACCAAACCCAAGCCUCAGCAAGACAUAGGAUCGCAAGUGAGGGUACCCAAGGAGAGGCCCUACUCUUGCACAGAGUGUGGAAAGUCGUUCCUCCUGAAACACCACCUGACCACCCACGCGAGAGUUCACACGGGCGAGCGGCCCCACAUCUGCGUGCACUGCGGCAAGAGUUUCGCGCACAAACACUGUCUCCAUACCCAUCUCCUGCUGCACAGCGCCGAGAGACCGUUCCAGUGCCGCGAAUGUAAAAAGUCCUUCACGUUAAAGCACCACCUGGUCACCCACACGCGGGUGCACACCAGGGAGCGGCCGUUCGUCUGUCCAGAGUGCGGCAAAGCCUUUCCCCUGAAACGUCACCUGGUGACGCAUAGCAAGUUCCACACGGGGGAGCGGCCCUUCGUCUGUGAAGAGUGCGGAGAGUCGUUCGCCCAGAAGGAGCACCUGACAAUGCACUCGCGCUUCCACGGCAGCCUGCACCCGUUCGUCUGCCCCGACUGCGGCAUGAGCUUCCAGAGGAAAUUCGAGCUGGUCAACCACGGCCGGCUGCACGGCAGGAUACCCCACUCUUGUACAGUCUGCGGGAAGGAGUUCCUGCAAAAGAGGACCCUGCUGGCGCACAUGCGGCUUCACACCGGGGAGACGCCGUUCGCCUGUACCGUUUGCGGAGAGGCCUUCCCCAGGAAGUCUGACCUCAUAGCCCACUCCAAGAUUCACAAUAGCAGUAAUUCUGAUUCGGAUACAAAACCGUUCACGUGUCGGGAAUGCGGAUUGGAGUUUAAUAACAGGGAAGCCCAGACUUUGCAUUUAAGGUUACAUUCUGCUGACAGAACGCUUGUAACUGACCUUUGCGGACUUGCUGCUACAUUUCAACAAACCACGGGACACUUUCUUACAGCCAACACUUCCAGUUCUCACCAGAUGAACGGACCACUAGGCUCGUCAAGCGCCGUAAGUCACAUGCACGGCGCUACCCAGACUUCGCCGCCAGUGGGUUCGGGUCCAAAGCCCAAGCCGCACAUCUGCCCGGACUGUGGACGAGGUUUUGCCCAGAAGCACGGCCUGUCUCAGCAUCAACGCCGACACACGGACGGUAGUUGUCACAUAAGGUCGCACAUCUGCGACAAGUGCGGUAAAGCCUUCUUCCAGAAGAACCACCUGCUGCUUCACCAACGUCAGCACAUGGACCCACCACCGAGCAUAGUGCGCCAGCAGCAGAGGCAAGCAGCACAGGCAGCUGCGCAAGCAGCCCAGCAAGCAGCAAGCGGUGGAGGUACUGUCAUCACCGUCGAUGGGACGCAAACCUGCGUCGAUACGAAAGCCAUUGCCCUUCAGGCGAUACAGCAAGUACAGCAGCAAGUGCAGCAGCAACAACAGGCGGCCCAACAGGCUGCCCAGCAACAAGCCGCUGCGGCUGCUGCUGCAGCUCAGCAGGCGCAGCAGCAGCAACAACAACAGCAAGCCUCGCAGCAACAGCAGCAGCAAGCCGCGCAGCAGCAACAGGCUGCUCAGCAGCAAGCAGCGCAGCAGCAGCAGGCAGCUGCCCAACAACAAGCGGCGCAGCAACAAGCUGCUGCGGCACAACAGCAGCAGCAACAACAACAACAACAACAGCAAGCAGCUCAACAGCAAGCUCAGCAACAACAGCAGCAGGCACAACAGCAGCAGCAGCAGCAACCGUGUUCCGUGGAUACUAAAGCAAUACAGUUAAACGUCACUAUGUGAGACGAUUAUACAAAAAGGGAUGAUUGUUGGCAAAUUGCUCCCGAGUCGUUAGCCGCGAAUUACCCACACCCGCUGCCACCAAGCGAACCCUCUGCACGCACUUCUCUUGUACUAACAAUAACACAAUAGUUAUAUUUAUUAUCUCUAGAUUUCAAGUAUGCUGAAGUAACCGAUUUUAUUACAAGACAAGAGUAUAUAUACAUGAAGAAAACAAAUUAUACAUAUUCUAAGUAUAUAAGGCUUGUAACAAGAAAAUAAAAGUAACCAUAUAUUAGUGUUUUACAUAUACUUUAUAUAUUAUAUAUAAAUAUUUACUUUAGUACGUAUAUGAGAAACAAAAUGAGUGAACAGAGAGGAUGAUAAUAACGCACGAGUGUUGAGAAUAUGAAUAAAAGCUCGGCUACUGCUCUGCUAUAACAAUGCUGAAUUCUGCGAAAAUCUGUACAACCGAUUAAGCUAUCAUUAGAAGUUAAUCGCCUUAAAACGCCGCAACUUACAAAAGUCAUUCGCAUCAAUUUAAUUUUGUUUUUGUUCUCUUUCGAUCUGUGUUCUUUCGCUUUUAUUCAUUUACUUGUACAAACCACAGUAGACUUUUACCAUGCUUCAAGUAUCUUGACAUUCGAUUCUGCAAUCUGUAGCUAGGGAAAUAGAAGUAAAAAUUUUACACUGUAAAUUUCGAAUUUUUGUAGAUUUGAAACAAAGAAGAGAAAGAGACGUGAGAUAUAUGUUAUUUAAAUGGGAUAUUAACGCGACGCCAAUAGCGUCAAAAAAAGAACGAGCGGCUCGCGCAAAGUCGCGGAUGACAGAGGAGAGAGAAAGAUGAACGAAAAGUAAAUAGAGAAGAGAGCAAAGAGGGGGUGGCAGACGGUGUGCACUUACGAGGCAUCUAAAAUCACAGAGGCGCGCGCGCUUCUCGCUGCGACGCAACACGUUGUCGUGAGCGCGCGUCUCGCGACUACUAUCACUUCGAAAAGAGUCCUUGAAGGCCAGCGUCAUGCUGUUUUAUUUUCUUAUUAACAAUUUGGAACCAGGAAAUCGAGCCUUAUAAUAUAUAUUUGGUUCUUAUUUUCGCUUAAGCGUUUACAGAUUUUUUCGUAAGGAGUCGAAAUGAGGAAAAGUUAUGUGGAAAAGUACGUUUGCACUGUUUUUUGUUAAUCAUUUAUUUUAUAACAGUUUUGUUAUGUAAAAUUUAUUUGCAGAACGAUGGUUACAUAUUUAAAUAUCGGUCAUGCGUAUGAAAAUGAGUUGUGUAACAAUCAAUUUUAUAGAAAUGAGUAGUGCGAGUCGAUGAUACAUUUAAAUAUGUAAUAUUUUAAUGCGUACACGUGCUAUUAUUUUGCAAUUAUAAAUUUGUUAAUUGCAUAUUAUACAUAUAAAAUUUACUUUCUAUUUACAAAAUAUCAAUUAAAUCUUUAUCGAAAAUGUUCUCAGAAAUCGCACAACAAUUUUGAGAAAAUUGUUUUGUAUAAAUUUUGGUAUAAAAAAGUGCCCAAUAUUUCGGUUUCAAAAAAUAAUACUUGAAAGUAUUAUUUUAAAAUCAAAAUACUGUUUUUAUAAAAUUAUUAAUAAAUUUGCAUUCCAAAGUGAAAUGGUUAUUCAAUUCACAUUCUGGAUUCUAGAAUUGAGAAAUGAUUGCAUUUAAUUUACAAAUGAGAAUGAAUGCCAAGAAUAAAUGCGGUAAAUAAUACGCCAUAGUUUUGUACGGUGUAAAGAAAGAAUAUUAUUUUCUAGACGUUCAUAUUUUUACAUAAGUUUCCUCAUUGCUUAUAUUACUUAAAACAACUGAAUUUUGUUCUGUAUAGUGAAAUAGUUACUUUUAUAAAUAAGAAUUUGAAAAAUAAUAAAAAUGGUUUAAAUAACAUUUAUAUUUUACUAUGCUGAUUUAAAAAAAAAGAAACAUUUGACAAAUUUGGUAAUUUAUUAUUUAGCCUAGAACGACGUAACUGGAAAUGAAAUUUGCCGAUGAUUUUUAAUAAUUUAUUCAUAUUGAAAUCAGCAUAUUUUCAUAAGAAUAACUUUGCUUAUUGUUUCUUCAAAAACAAACUAACUUUAAGAUAUUCUUUCAGCGUCUUGUCAGAUAAACCAGAUUACACAAUAGCAAUAGUUUUAGUCCGUUUGAGUUGUACAAUACUGAACUGUAAUUUUGAACCUAUUGCUUCCUCGUAGGAAGAUCAUCAGAACUGUCAGUAAAUAAUUUGUAAAUACUGAAUUGUCUCAACAGUUUUAAUUAACAUGAUAAUUGCUGCAUCAAACAAAUUUUAGGGUGCAGCUGUGUAGUGUAACAAUACAUUUAUACUUACAUGUAGUAUAUUUAUUUUCAAAAUAAAUAUAUUAUACAUAACAAGAAAAUAAUUACCGUUCUUAUAAUCCACACAAAGGUGCGCGACAAGAUUUUUCUAUAAAGACAACUUGAAAAAUCUUCCAUAAAUAUACACAUAUUCCCUAAUUUUAGUUUAUCAUUUUCUUCUCUAAAAAUCAUGUAAUUUUUAUAGUGCAUAUCAAAUCGAUGAUCAAAAGCAAAACCAUAAGUAUAAUAUUCGCAUCCGUGAACGCGAUGCUUAUUUUCUCUUGAGCACUUUGGCGUUUGUAACUUUAUUUUGAAUCGGAGGCCGUGCAAGUGCGGCUAAGACAUGAAAAGGAUUCGCAGAGCAGUGGCCCAGAAUAAACGAUAAUCUCUGUACGUCUAUUUUUAUGUUUAGACAGUUUCCUUUUCUUUGUACAAGUUCGUUAUCAUCUCUGCUUUCUUCGUUAAUUUACAAGAUGAUUCAAAUAUGUGUGCAGAUGUGUGCGAAAGUGAUGGUUUGUUAAACGCGUCGCCUGUGGAGUUUCAUGACAAAAAAGUUAUUGUUACUGUAUUAACGCAAAAUAGAUGCCGAACUGACCAAUAAACUUAAAAUAAUUUUAUGAAGCAUCAACGAAUUUUUAAUGGAAUGAAGUUACGCUUUAUUUAGCUGUUAAUGAUCAAUUUCAAAUUUUUUUCAUGACAGAUGAAUUUGAUAAACUUUAUCCAAUUUUUAGACUUGGGCAAACAUUGAACUCAUGAGAAGAUUGAAGUACACACAUAGGUAGCAGGAUUCACGAAUAAUCUUUUGUAAAAAAGACUUAAACGUAAAUAAUGAGAGAAAAAUAUUUCUAAUCAAAGAAUAGAUAAGGACUGUUUAGCAACUAUUUAGCACAGUAGCUCACGGCACAUAAUUCUUAAACGAUAAGGAAAACAUGUGGUUAAUUUGCAAUCGCCACAUAUAAAUAAACAAAGUGUCACAUCGUCGAAUCAGCAAAUGAAAAAGACUGCUUUUGAACGAUGUUUUGUGACGAUGUUGUGUUUCCGGCAUAGUGCGUCGACAACUAUUCCCUCAGCAAAAGUGCGAUUGUUGAUAGUGCGACAUAAGAGACCACUGUAGAAAAAUCAUGCAUUGUGCUGCUUGUGAAGCUUGCAUCGGAGCAUAAAAAGUUCAUCGCGUGCAUGCGGAAAGACGAUCGAUGGAUGCUGUCAAUAUCUCCUUAUAGAUCAAGUGUACAGCUUUCCUCUUGAUGCGCUCAAACGAGUUUUUCGCACGCACGAGAUGGUCUUUUUUCUGGAACUCUCGCAUGCGACUCUGCAAACUGAGCGAAAAGUGAGGUGGAUCAUCAUGUUACACGAUACAUAUGAAAUAAAAAAUAGCGCUUGUGUAUACGUUUCUAGAACGCGUCAGCUAGAUUUUUUUUCUUUUCAUUCAUACGUGUAGAGUAUAAGAAAGAGAUGAGAAACUGUAUGUGCUUCUAUAAAUAAGCUACGCUUCGAAUUUUUCACUUGUAAAAUAGUAAUAUUCUCCGAUUGCGCUGAACGCUGUAGUUGCGAGCAUCUUUUUUUCCUUUCAUCAGCUGCCACGUUCCAUUUUCACCUGAGUAAUCAAUGUUUUACGUUCUCGUUAGUUCUAGAAAAGAUUUGCUCAAUGAGUUCUGAGUGAUUAUCGAUUAAAAUUAUCAUCCCUUUCUGAAGGUAAAUUUUAUACAGUGUACAAGAAAUUUAAUAUAGACUUAAGGAAAUCGUUUAAUUUGUUAGCUUGAAGUAUACAAUUCAAACGAAUUGAGUAAAUCUUCUCUAAAAUAAUUAGAGGUGCUAGACAUUGCGAUGAAAAAGAAAAUUCUUGUAAAAAGUUCUGUAUACUUUAUAGAUUGAAAAUAAAACAAAUAACUACGAUAAUGAUAAAUAGAUAAGUUGUGUAUCAAUCAAAUUGGUAACUCUGCCCUUAUUUGUGUCAUAAAACUGGAUCUGCAGUAUCGCACUUUGUAACUAUUUUUAAUAAUCGUUUCUUUUGUUUAUUUUUUUUUUUAUCAUACAAGAGCUCGGCUAUAAUUUAUUUUAUCGAUAAAUGUUUAGAUCAAUUUUUAGUUCUUCACCGAGAUGUUACCAGUGGACAGGAUAGCCAUGCAUCUUUCGAUUCUUCUUUCGAAAGAUUCAUUCUCACAUACGUCUCAUUCACUGAAUAAGCUGUUAUUCGAAUUCGCAUACGCGUGCUGCUAUAAUUUUCUAAGCAUAAGUUGUUUGUAGAUUUAAAAGCGAUCGCCACAGCAAAGAAACUAUAUAUCAAAGUAAUACGGGCCAUACCGCGAUGCGUCCACGUGUGCGAUCCACAUCAUAUCGCGUGAGUGAAAGAACGAACGAGAGCCAGUAUGUGUGUGCUGUCACGUGCAAUAGAAAAAUGUGGGAAAAUGGGGGUGGAGAAAAGUUAUAAGCGCGAGCGAGCUGGAAGUAAACGAAGGAGUAUAUAGGUCUUCGCGAGAAAAAUCGCAUAAAUGCAGCCGCAAGGAAUGUCAUUGUGCGCCCGAGACCACGUGCUCGUCCUCUGUACAAUAUACCGCUUUUAUGCGAGAAUCGAGUCUACUGUACUCGUUGCGAACGCGAAUCUGUGUGUGAGAGUAAUCACCUUCGCAUCUGCUACAAAAAAAGUUGGAAGGAAAAAAUAUGGUAUAAAUACCGAUAAGCGACGAAAAAUUGUGUAGAAUCUGUCGUAUUUUAUUUACGAAUUUCCUCGUAAAUACGCCUUAGGCAAGAAUUAACAUACAAAUAAACGAUUAGUUUUUUUCUUAAA